AUGGAUUUCAAAGAAAAAGACAUAUCUAUGGAUACAGUACUUUUACUGUUAAAUAUACAAGAGGAUUCUCCUAUAGAUACUGGGGCAUUUAGGAUUGAAAAUGAUCCAGGAGAAUAUUCACGAUCUGAGCUCCUUCAAGGACUGGCUAAAAUCCUGGAACGAAAUGAGGAUGUGCUGAACAAGGUACUUCCACUGUAUCCACACCUAAAAGAAAUACUAACACAUGAAGAUCCUGAUGAACAAAUAUUUACGACACAAUGUUUUAGAGAACUAAGUAGAAAUAAAGAGGGAAGUGAGAAAAUCAUCACAGACGAAGAAUUAAAUGACAUGUUAAAAGCUUUAAUAAACAGACAUGAUGUGGAUCUUUCUGCUAACGUACAUUCGAUACUAUGGACAGCUGGACGUACAACAGGAAUAUUGCCAUCUAAAACAGAUCAGGUUCUCUCUGACGAGUUUCCUAAGGAAAUCAAGCUCAGAUCAACUAUAUUAGGGACAGGUGCUUUUGGUAGAGUACAUCCUGUUAUUGAUGUAAAACAUCCAGAAGAACACAAAUUUGCUGCAAAAAUAAUUAAAAUACAAAAUAAGGAAAAUAUGGUAAGAAGUCAAUUAUAA